AGCAAUCUUUGAUUUAUAUAAUAACGUGUAAGUUGUUCAUCGCAAACUAUGUCUUCGUUUGAACAGUUCUUUAAUUAUUCACUGAAGAAGUACAAAUAUCGAGAUGAUACCAAGUCAGAUGUUCUUCUUGCAAUCAACACAUUUCCAGGAUUGAAACCGCAUUAUGAGGACUAUGUGUUCACAGAUGGCAGCAAUAUGAUGCUCCUGCAACUGUAUGGAACGAUCCCUACGAAAUACAACGGUAUCGUGUACAACAUCCCAAUCAAGGUCUGUCUAAUGGACACACACCCCUGCAGUGCCCCAAUUGUGUUUGUAACACCAACCGCCACCAUGCAGAUCAACUCUGGGCGUUACGUUGACCAGAACGGGAAAGUCGACUUGCCAUAUCUUAGGGAAUGGAACUAUCCCAACUCUGAUCUGCUGGGGUUGCUACAGAUCCUAUCGAUCGUUUUCGGGGAGGAGCCUCCUCUCUAUGCCCGCCAGGAAGCGAUCAAUCAGCCACCACCCUCCCGUCUACCCCCGCACACAACCAACCAAUCAGACGCCGCCUCCAGUGCCUGCCCGCUCACAGCCUUCCAAGCUUACGCCCCCUCCAAGAUACCCAACCAAGAGGACACCCAACCCUCAUGCAGGAGGUAA